CUCUUUUGAUCCAUAGGUGGUAUAGUGAUGUCUUUCUCAUUUGCAUUUCUCUUCAUUUUGAAUCGGGGUUCUCAGAUCUCGAACUCUUGUAAGAAAAUGACUCCCAAUUUCAAUGGUUCUGAAACUGCUCUUUGAUCUCAUUUAUUAGUAAAGGAAAGGGAUAGGAAAGGAAAUCCACCUUUUAUUUGAUCGAAAUAAAAGACCUAACAAGACUCAUAUUUCACGUGAGAACUGGCCAGAGAUCCUUGACUGCUUUUUGUUGAAAUCUUUCUCAAGCAAAAGGUGUGGGCAAUCAACGCAAUGCCUUCUCUGGCGCCCUAGGAGGGUUUCGAAGGCAGGUGUGUGGGAAUAGCUGGGAAUAAGUAAGCUCACCACUCAAGGGAAUUCCUUCUCAAGCUCGGAUCCACGAUUGGAAGAUGCUUUUCGUUUUUACUUGCAGAUCUGAGAAAUGGAUAUGCCCAGGGACCAUUAGUCCACAAAUUCUGGAUCAAAGAAAAUGGAAGGCCCGUGGAGACCCGUCCGUGUAGUCUAUUACUGAUUAGUACGAAAUGCAUGAACCUAAUUGCACAAGUUGAAAAAGAAAACAAGAAGUAAGGGAAGACAAGCUGAUUACUUGUUGCGAUCUGUGAGCAGAAAUUAUGACUUGGAGAGACCCCUUCUCCCAGGCAACAUUGUCUUGGCAAGACUCCAAUUGACCCGGAUCUGUGUAGGUGGAAGUCAACUUCGCGGUUGGACCGUUGUGAACGACGAUGAGAAAACAAUAAGGCGCUUGUUCAAGAAUGCAGUAAGUGUAAGUCCGAAAUCACGACUCGGCUUAACCAAACGAGAUUCGCGAUCCUAAUCAGUAAUCUCUUAUGUAAGAUCGAGAGCAUUUGGGCAGCACGUGAAAAGAAAAGCUUAGUCACUGUGUUCACCUCACCGCUUGAAGUCAAUUCUAGGUCCCUUGCUUGAAACUACGUGACGAUCCGAUUUCCCCCACUCGAAAAAGAAUUGAUGCAUCUGCAUGCUGGAAUGUUCAUUAUCUUAAGAAACUCGUAUUGAUAAGCUUGUUCGCUUGCUUGUCUGUUGCGUACCUUAUUUCGGAGGUAAUAUGCAUACUCAGUCUUGCUAAUUGCGGUUAGCCAUUUUUCGGUUCACAAGUCAAAUCUUAGAUUCUCGUAUCAUAAUGAGUUUUCAUGUUUUUGGACUAGAAGCCUUGCUAAAGAAAAACCACUUGUGUCCUACGAUGACGACAGAUAGGAUCAAGCCCAUCGCACGCUUUCUAUAUUUGUUUAUAUAGUAAUGGAAGUCUCACUCAUUCCCAAAAGCGCUAUUCAUUCCGUUCCAAUAGAGCGUCUCCUCCCGCGUUCUUGUCUAGGUUCUUUUGCGCAUGAACUUCGAAUAUGGAUUGAUCUUGUGUUAGUGUUCCGUGGUCUUUAUGCCGCUCUCUAAAUGCUGGGUCUACUGUUGCUGAAACUACUUGUUCCGGUUAAACCACUCACUGACAUUCUCCCAUUGAAACUGCGGAUACUGGCAUUCUAACUGAUACAAAGAUUUCAGAAUUGCUGGUGCUAGCAGCUUCUUCUUUCCUUUUUUCUUAUUAAGAGACAAUUAAGAAGGCAAGUCAAGCACUAAGACAAAGCAGGAAUAAGAAAAGUUUCAGAGUUUGGUGGUGAAAGAUUUCAUUUAGUAAAGGUCAAGUAAUGGUUUUUCGUAUACUUACUGGGCUAAUAGAGAUUGAACUGGCUUUGUUAGUGAGAGCUAGCUUUAAGGCUUUAUCGCGAGUAGUUGCAUAAAGUAGUCAUCACUAGGUUCAGCAGUCUAUUCUUUUGAUCCAAACCCGCGCCAAAAGGGAGUAGCACUUCUCUCACAAAAGCAUCCCUACGCACAAGCAAAGUGGAAAGCUGCUCUAACAUGGAAAUGCAGCUUAUGCGGGUCGAGCUCAGCUUAUCGAUGAUGAUGUUUUCUCUCUUCGUAGGAACUCUCUAAUCACUUCGAAAGUGAUUUCCAGCAUUUCUAUUGGUUGAGGGUAUAAGGCUUUGAUUGCUAUCUAGCCCUUAGGUGUUCACAGCCUAGCUAGCAUAAGUUUGAGCAGCUUGGUUUCGAGGGAGAGCAUUAGUCUCAUCGGGUGGAAUAUAUAAGUGUUAUGUGGCCGAUGGUUCUCUACGUGGCAUUCUCUAAGCUAAGGAGUUUGGGCCUGAGUGGAGGCUAUUGGAUCUUUAUCUCCGGCCGUAGCCGUGCCCGUUUCUACUUCUCCCGGGCUUUCUCCAGACCAGCUAACGCAUGAGAGGGAAUCGCUCCUGUACCGAUCAAGAUAUUCAGUACGUAUUGAUUGAUUGAAGCAACUAACUCGCCGAGCAGAAGCCUAAUCUGAACGUCGUCCUAGUCUUGCCACGGCUUAGUUUGACACAUCGAUAUUGCCUUCGUGUGCACUGAUGUACGUAUGCUUGACUAUCCUUCUCUUUUCAAAAUGACCAAAAGAGCGGCCUUAGAGCGCGAAGCCCAUAUGUCAUUCGCACAAGUAGUAGGUUUUUCAUCAGUCAGCUAGUAAUCGUUCAGCUUCCUUCUACCAGUCAGCCUAAGCCUUCUUUCUAAGAGGUCUCAACGAGCCUCUGACAUAGGUUCCAAGCAGUGAUCUAGUGAGCCUCUGGCUUGCUUCCUCAGCAUCUCCUAUUCUUGGCUUUCUCCUCUGUUUCCGGAAUUACCACUGGCAGAACUCCCAAACUCAUCUACCUUUUACACAACCAAACAUUCUUCCUCUAUGGCGCAAUUCCCGUGGCUUUUAAGACAAGGUAUCUGCCUCUCACAGCAGGGUUCAAAGAGUAUGAAAUAGGCUGUUUUGAAGUUCCAGUAAGAGCCAACAUUCUCUCUUCUGCGAGCCAUUCUUGUAUCGAUCUAUUUGUUUAUGUAACUGUGAAUAGACAUUCCGCGGAAAACGCUUUCAAUUGGAUAUGAAAAAAGAAGCUUUUUUGGGCUUGUCAUUCUUUCCCCAAGAGCUGUUAAAAUGGAUGGAAGUUCUUUUACCUGGCUGAAGGCUUCUGAUUAUGAAAAACCGAAGAGGAAAGCCUCAAUGGGUCAACCCCUGUGAGAGGACUAGAACGCUAGCAUGUUUGCCUUUUCGAUGGGGAAUCACUUUUUUUCUGAAUCAAGCACGAGCCAUUUUCUUUUAGUUUGUGAUCGGACCGUACCAGUCAUAAUGAAUAUUAGGAUGUUGAACAUCUUGUGAUCAUCGACAAUCUAGAUGUCAGACUGGUGAUGUGGAGUAGACCUAUUAAGGGAAAUGGUACGGGCAGGAUUGCAUUCCCAUUUUAGGGAUGAAUCACUUCAAGGUAGAUAAGAGUAUUCACUACGACACAUCCUUUGACCAGAGAUCGGGUCACGGACAGCGGGCAGAGGUUUGUUGAUCUGUAGCUCUCGACUUCGUAGUGCCAGCUUGUAGGGCUAGGUCACCUAAAAUAUGCAAGCACGGGCCCUGUUCCAUAAUCUUCAAUCUUUAAGCUAUAAGUGAAAUGAUAAGGGUAGAAAUGAGUGAUUUGUUUACGUUUAAGAGGAUGAUGGACACUUUGAAGUUACACCAACUUCACUUUCUCAAUAACCUUGGGGCUUGGCGGAACCAACUGGUUUCACGCCGGGGUCAACUCUUUUGGAAAAACUAUGUGCAUCAGCCUUUGCUGAAGCCUUAUCAUGACUGGGUGAUGUUGUACUUCUUGACUUCUUUUUUCGGUGUGAAUCAAACUGCGCUUUUCGGAUGGGAGGGGGAUCCUGAGAAGGGGAAAGAAAGAAAACAGGACCUCUGUAUGGCAAGCGUCGCAGUAGGUCAAUGGGGUCCCUCGCCGUUAAGGUUCCCUCGCGUUCUUAAAUAGCGAAAUGAAAGUUCAAGGGAAAUGAAGAACUUGGCUGUAGAUCCAGCCGCUAUUGAGGCCGCCCGCCGGAGAUGAUAGGAUUGCCCGAGAGCUAUAGCGCGGAACUCGGGUCUUCUUUCCGAGAACUACCACUGGGGUCGUUUCGAGGUCCCCUUCUCCUCCCCCCGAACGGACUGGUUGAAGCAGCCCCAUUCUCUAAUACUACAACCACCAUUGUCCCUAUCGCGGGAAGGGAAGCAGCAGUGAAAACUACUAAGACAGAGCGCUCCCACGAAGAUACGCACAAGGAGUCUAGUAGGUUAGUUAGAGACUUCGGGAAGAGACGACAACAAC